AUGCCAGACGUACCGCAUACGGAUAUUAACAAUACACAGGGUAACGUAACAACGUUCCAAUUGCCCCACCCAGACAGUAGUUACUCACUAGCCUGGCUUGAGAUCCCACUACUAUGGAUCAUCACCGGUGUAUCCAUGACAACCAACUGCAUGGUGCUGAUAAUCUUAUUAAAGAAGCCAAAGCUCCGAACGGUAACGAAUCUUCUCGUGUUGAACCUCACAGUGUCCGACCUAUUGUUGUGUGUUAUAUCAGUGCCGUUUAUCACCAUCGCGAUUGCCGCAGAUGACUGGAUAUUAGGGACUAGACUCUGCCAUUUCACCGGGUUUCUCAUAUCCAGCUGCAUCUGCGGAAUGCUCUGGACUUUAUUGUUUAUCUCUGUUAAUCGAUAUUAUAUGAUCGUUCACGCCCAGACAUACGCAGUUCGAUUCUCUAAACGGCGUGCGAAAAAAGCAAUUUACUUCUUGUGGACGGUUGCCAUCGCAACAGCUGUAUUGCCUCUUCUGGGAUGGGGGGAGUACACGUACGAUACGGGGAGAAAUUUGUGUUUCAUCGGGCCCGAUACAAGCCCUUCUAAUACCAUCUUCUUCGUAACUGUUUCCACAAUAGUGCCUUUUUUGCUCAUGGUGUACUGCUAUUGGAACAUAUUCCUUGCAGUUCGUCAAAAUUCGCGUAGAAUAAAAAACACGGCGAAGGCGCUAAUACAGACGUCGGCGUUGGUGAUUGCAGAAGGAGCCGGCAGCCCGCACAUGUCUAACAUGCGUGAAUCUCGCGCAGGGAAGCGCAUGUCCGAACUACUUCCUAGGUUAUCAGAUUCCAGUUUUAACCCGCGGUUAGCUCUCCCCCGUGUUUCCGAUACGCGACGAUUAUCCUCGACUUCUAUGGCGUCCAUAACAUCGCGCGUUACAUUAAUCGGGUCUCAGACGGCGGAACGACCGGAACAAGGUAAAUUAACCCGCAUGUUGGUUCUGGUAUUCAGUGUAUACGCUGUGCUCUGGAUGCCAGUCGCCCUGAGUAUGUUUGUGGAAGCUUCAUAUAACACUCGUUUUAACAAGCACCUUGAAAAACUUCUUUUGUUCAUGUUGUACUUACUGACUGGCGUAAACCCGCUAGUUUAUGGGCUUAUAAAUGAGACGUACAGGAAGGUAUUUUGCUCCGUACUCUGUUGUCAAAGGUCGCAUUUCUCCCAUAUGUCACGGCGUAGACAUGUUACGAUGGCUGAUGACGGGAAUCGAUCAAGUAUCGCCAUGAUAUCCGCUGAACAAGGUUACGGGAAUAGGCCCAAUGUCUCCGUAAUGUCAUAUGCUGAUCGAGAUUCUCUGAGCAAAGCAAAUACUUACAGUUUGUCGGAUACCAAAUGUGGAAGUUAUGUCGAAGUGCAGCCGGCUUAUUUAGAGCUAUCGUCAUCCGGAAGUCCGAGAGUCAGUGUAACCAACAAACCUUCUAGUGCAACGUCGCCGAGAUUGACCUUUGCUUGGCAACAGCCUGACUAUGACUAUGAUCGCCGCAAUAUAAUUCCACCGGUCAGCCCAGAUUGCUGCAAAGGGCAGGAAUCAUUAACCCCUGUCUAA